AUGUCCAUACUUCUUCCUCUUUACGUGUACCCAAGUGCAGGCGCCUGGGAUCCGCUAUACGCCGCCGCGGAAGCGCAUAGAAACGUAGACUUCAAUGUCAUCAUCAACCCCUGCUCCGGCCCUUGUAUGGGGUCACUCCCCGAUCAAGUGUACCUCGACGAAGUUCCCAAAUUACGAGCCUACCCAAACAUCCGCACAUUGGGAUACGUCGCGACAGACUACGCAGACAAGCCUAUCGAAAGCUUAUUAGCAGAAAUUGACACCUACGCGCGCUGGCCCAAAGUAACGAACAUAACGAAGAUGCGCGUUGACGGAAUCUUCUUAGACGAGACACCAAGUACUUUCGAUGAAGACGCGUACGCAUACUUGAAGACGGCGAACCAAGCGAUCAAGAACAAUACCGUAUUCAACGACCGCUUUGUGGCUCACAACCCCGGUCUGAUACCCACUACCAUCCUCACCUCGCCCACAGUGCUCCAAGAAUCCUACCUUAACCUCACCGAUCUCACUGUCGUAUUCGAAGAGACUUUCGAUAAGUGGCUUGACAGAGACGUCAUGGUUCCUUUACAGGCACACAAGAUUCGCCGUUCGAAGCUGGCCGUCAUAUUGCAUUCCUUGCCGAAUCUGACAGGAGAGGUGCUAGAGUUCAUGGUGCAGCAGGUUGAGAACACGGCGGAUUGGAUAUUCUUGACCGAUAGUGCGGAUGACUAUUAUCACACCUUUAGCGCUAUGUUUGGAGACCUGGUGAAGGCGGUUGAUGGGAGUAGUUGA